CGAGUAGGUCGUCCAAAUCGGGUGGACUGUGGAUUAGUGCACGCGGGCCGGCACGGCGGGUCUGUCUAAUUAAGUGGCCAGGAGAUUAGCGCCACCAACACCGCUUUUUGUGCCGCCACUGCCCCGAGGUUGACCUUGGCCGGAAAUUCAUGCGGUAAACAGGGAACAGGAUGAAGGAGAAGAGCAAGAACGCGGCGAGAAGCAGAAGGGAGAAAGAAAACGCUGAAUUCUUAGAGCUGGCGAAACUCUUACCUCUUCCCGCCGCCAUUACCUCCCAGCUCGACAAGGCUUCCAUCAUACGCCUCACUACAAGCUACCUCAAGAUGCGCCAUGUUUUCCCCGACGGUCUGGGAGACGCGUGGGGAGCGGCGCCCCCCCAGACCAACCCUCGGGAGGCUGCCAUCAAGGAACUGGGCUCACACCUUCUGCAGACGCUGGACGGGUUCAUCUUUGUGGUGGCGCCCGACGGUAAAAUAAUGUACAUAUCAGAGACCGCUUCAGUACACCUUGGUCUCUCCCAGGUGGAGCUGACGGGCAACAGUAUCUACGAGUAUAUUCACCCGGCUGACCACGAGGAAAUGACGGCAGUGCUCAACCUCACGCCCCAGCCCGUCCCCCACUCCCCGUACGUGAGGCAGGACGAAGAGAUUGAACGGACUUUCUUUAUACGGAUGAAAUGUGUUUUGGCCAAGAGGAACGCCGGGCUGACCACUGGCGGGUAUAAGGUGAUCCACUGCUCCGGGUACCUGAAGAUCAAGCACUACACACUAGACAUGGCGCCCUACGACAGCUGCUACCAGAACGUGGGUCUCGUAGCUGUAGGUCACUCUCUCCCGCCUUCCGCCAUCACUGAGAUCAAGAUGCACUCCAAUAUGUUCAUGUUCAGAGCUUCCCUUGACCUGAAGCUGAUCUUCCUUGACGCCCGUGUGGGCGUGCUGACAGGGUUUGAACCACAGGACCUGAUAGAGAAGACCUUGUACCAGUACAUUCACGGCUGCGACAUGAUCCACAUGCGCUUCUCUCACCACAUGUUGCUAAUGAAGGGGCAGGUGACGACGAAGUACUACAGGUUCCUGACGCGGGACGGUGGAUGGGUGUGGAUACAAACCUACGCUACUAUCGUUCACAACUCACGUUCCUCCAGACCUCACUGUAUCGUGGCUGUCAACUAUGUCAUCAGCGAGGUAGAGGCGCGGGAAGGGCGGCUAUCGUGGGAGCAGGUUGGUGGGGGUCGGGGGGAGGAGGCGGGCAGCUGGGGGGAGGCUGGGGUGAAGGGCAUGACCGGGGGGCGCCUCAAGUGCCGCACCUCGCCCUACCCCUCCCCUGCCCCCAGCGAGGCCCUACACGAAGUCCUGGAGGGUCCUGGGGGCGCCUCCCUCCACUACCCUGCUGCUCUGGCCCCUCCAGCUUUAGCAGCGCCCCCCACCCCCUACCCGGACCCCCGCCUCGCCUGCUACCCUCCCUCCUACGAUGUGUACGACGACCGCUACGUCAGGAGCGACGCACAGCAGUACGCGGGGUGCAGCGCUCCUCUGGACCCCACGUCCCUGGCUGGCCCUGCCGCCGCCGCCGCCGCAGCUGUGGCCGCGUGUCACUACAGCAGCGUGAAGGGCGCGGGCGUGGGGUACGAAGAGCGCCCCUGGAGCCAGGGGUCAGGUAGCUCCUCCGCCUCCGAGGACCCCCGCCACGACUACCCCGCCAACAACAACAACAACACGACCACUACCACCCUUACCACGCCCAUGUACCCCCUGCACGACUACUACACCCACGCCCACGACAAGUACUACACCACAGACAAACUGCAGUACGCCGCCGCGUCAUCCACCCCAGACAAGACGCCGUACACAGAAAAGUUGCAAUAUUCGGAUAAGGUUCAGUACGCGACGGGUGUUGGAGGUGGUGGCGGCGGCGGUAGUGGAGGCGGCGGCGGCGGCAGCUGCGUGAGGGGAGUAUACAGCUACGUGGACGCCGCCCUCAGCACGCCCACGGAGGCGGCUAUGACCAGCAAGACCCACGUGCUGCCUCAGCCCGGCUACACCUCCGUCAUCGUGGACGCACAACAGUACUACGCCCAGAACGAGUUCGUCCACUAGUACACCCACCCACCCCGCCUCCCUAGCUCUGUCUUGCCCCCAACACGUCAGGUAAGGAGCCACCAUGUACCACACGUCACCAACCCUCAUGAAACCUCACUGAUCAAGAGGGUUCACAAAACAAACAAACAGACGCGCUGCCACACUAUACCACUGUCUAGAACCAGGACGGAACUUGUUGACAUUGUUGCUCGUGCAGGACACCAGCCAAGACCUCCACAGUGCACGGCUCUGUCCUCACCUCCCGGACCUCGCCACUCAAGGAACUCCAACUCUCGUGCUUCAGUAACAAAGAACUCUAUAGGCCGGACUCACGAUCUGGACUCUGUACCAUAAAUAUUAACCAAACGAACCUUCGUCUGGCGUAGUGUCCAAAAACAGGAUGGAGGGGAAUGCCAGGCGCUGCUUAUUACUCGAUUCGACACUUAUCUUUUACGGUGCAAGUUGGUUGAUCCAGUUAGUGUGACGUAAUGAUGACUUGAACGCUCAUUGGCUCUCACAUGAUAAAGUUUUGAAUGCUGAUUGGUGUAUCGGCUUCUGUAUAUAGCCCACCAGGCUCCUAUUGGCUGCUUCUGUUGUAGUGAGUCGGUGUGUUUAUGGAACAUUCUCGGAGUUUUGUUUCCCUGAUUGUCAUUGUUGUUAUUUUAUUCGUCAACAACUUAGGUGUUUGGGCACUUCAGCCAAGUUACUAAAAAAAUAUUUAACCUAAUAGUUACUUUAACCACUUCAGCUAAGUUAUUUAAAGCACUUCAGCUAAGUUACUUGAGGUACUUCAUCUAAAAGUUACUUAAAACAAUUCAACCAAGUUAUUUAAGUACUUCAUAUAAAGGUUACAUAAAGCAAUUCAUCCCAAAGUUACUUAAAACAAUUCAACCAAGUUACUAAAACACUUAAUCUAAAAGUUAAUUGCAGCUUUUGAACUAAAAAUCACUUAAAACACUUCAGCUAAAAAGUUACUUAAAAUAUUUCACCUAAGUAUAACCUAAAACACUUGAAAACUAAUUUACUCCAUACAUAAAAAAUCCAACAAUUUAAAGUCAUCGUUUUUCAACCUGUCAUCCGUUUUGUAUAUCUUACGAGUACUGGGACACUUCGGUCUUCUCAAUAAUCAUACAACAUAUUCUUCACAAUGAGUCAAAACAGAGUAUCUUUUAUAUCUUAAGUUUAUAUCUUUAAAUUAAUUUGUUUUAUAUUAUCUCCCCCUAAACCAGUGGUAUUAUCUAGUCACUUGAAUAUUAAGUUUGCAUAGUUGUGUUCGGGUGAUCAGUUUAGGCGUAAAAAAAAAAAAAAACCACCAAAGCUGAAUCUUGUAUAAUUUAACAAAAGUAAGUUAGAUUAUAUUAUUAAGAUAUUACAUACAUUCUGGUACAACAUUGCGUUAGAACCAUUGCGCUGUUUUGUAAUUAAUCGGACAGCCAAUCAGCUUUCAAGACCAUAGUUAAAUUAUUAUUAUUAUUAUUAUUAUCGUGAAAUAAUAAUACAGUAUUGUCUAAUGAUGCUGAAAAUCUCCCAAGUGACGUCAUCUACAGUAUCGACCAAUCAGAUUCUAGCUAAGUCAUGUUUGGUUACCAGUAAGUGACGUCAUGGGGCUAACCCAGCAAUCGUAAUUAAUCGAGACAAAAAACUAGUCAUCAGUACUGCCAUUGGUUGUGAAUGGAUAAUGUUACGUCAUAGGCUUCUACCAAUGAGAAUUACUGUAACAUCUUGAUGACUAUGAGAGGCGGGUGAGAGGAGACCACCAAUCACAACCGAGUAUUUUUAUACACACUGAUUACACACCUAUCCCAGGAUCCCGCCCAUCAACUUGUUUUAAUAUAAUAAUAACAACGAUAAUAAUAGCAAUGGACUUUUAUUAUGGACAAUUUUAUUUAUGUGGAGGCCAAGAAUUAGUUUAUAACGAUUAUGAUAUGGUUUUCUGUAGACAAAUAAACAAUUUAUGUAAAAAGUGAUCAUCUUGUAGCGGAGGAACAACGCGAUGUAAAGUUUAUACCAAGAACUACAGUAUAUAUACUACUGUGUAUUGAAGAACAUUAAUACACUUCUAAUAACUUCUUUGGCAAAGUUUGUCUUGAAAGUUGUCGUACAUAAAGAGCAAAUAUCGUGCACCAGGCAACACGUGUCAACAGGAACUAUCGUACAAUGGCAACAAGUAUCGUUCAUCAGGAAACACAUGUCAACAGGAACUAUCGUACAAGUAUCGUGCAUCAGUCAACACAUGUCAACAGUAACUCGUACAACAGCAACAAGUAUCGUGCAUCAGGCAACACGUGUCAACAAUAACUAUCGUGUCAAUGGCAAGUAUCGUGCAUUUGGCAACACAAGUCAACAGGAACUCUCGUACUCCGGCAACAAGAGCAGCUCGUACAUCAGGCAACAUUCCCGCUCUAUUAAGCUUCGUGACCACUAAAUGCUUUUCUAUAGUUUUGUAUCUGGAUAUAAUGAAUGUUUGAUAGACUAAUGAAAUCCUGCAUCGGGCAUUAUAUUUUGUCACCAAUUUGUUCUUAUUAUCACCAAGGACUAGAACAAGGCGUAAUACUCUCAGUGUUACCAAGUGAAUCACAUAACUUGUAAAUAUCAAUAGCCAAGGCGGAAUUAUUAUCAUUAUUUUUUUGUAAUGUUAUUUCAAGUAAUGAGUGAUAAAUUGUUUGUGCGUGCGUGUGUGUGUGCGUGUGUAAUUUCAGUCAGUCAACUUUUUAUGUCUUGUACAGUAUCAAAAUGUUGUAAAUAUUGUAUUAUAUGAAUGUCAUAUUAAUA